CAGAUCAUUCUUCAUCGUAAGGACCUUCAUCACUUUCACUGCGAACACUCAUACAUGGCAAAGCUGCAAUUGAUUUCCUCCUGGAUUGUCUCUCGCUGCAGGAAAGCUCACAUUUCAUAAUACUUAAUAAAUUGUCAAUGGAAUGAGCGAUGAGAAGAAUGCUAAGCGCCAACGUGCCCUUGGCAUCAACAUUCCUCAACCAACAUGUUAACAUUCCACGCUUAUUUUGGUUUCCUGUUGAUGUUGUCAAGCACAUAUUCAUAUACCAGCAGAUUCCACGUUUGAGUAAUGUAUCAGUUCAUGCGAAUCGUUGACGAUUUUAUGUUAUCCAGCCUUCGCAUUUUUACCUUUCUCUUAUACAGACUUAGAUAGUCUUCUUUCUCUUUGCACUUUUCAUUCAAUCAUCGCCAACAGUCAUGUUAAGGAUCUUGAUUUUUACUUUGAUGCUGUGCAUAUUACCUAUUGAAGUAAUAGGAAGAUCCAGGAAGUCAGAUCGUAUUCAUCUUUCGUCUACCAGCUCACCAGGGGAUGAUGGUCAAGAAAACUACAGACCAGAAAGCACUGCACAAGCUUAUCAAGAAGGGUCUACUAGACAAACAACCUCGGUCAAUUAUACCUUACCAUGGCCUGCUACUAAGUCUAUUCAACCCGCUGUCAUUUUCCAAGGAAUGAAUGUUACAUCGGUGAUUCCAAUUUACGAGACAUGCAACUUGCCAGGAGCAAGUACUACAUCAUGUUCACCAUCUUUUCAAACUCUCAUCACUACCAAGUGUUCAACGGUAUUGACAGGAUACUUCACGAGACAUACUGUCUCAGAGUGUGAUGAGAUUGUCACUUUUUCUACACAGUAUGGCUAUUCUUUAGCUACCACCACUGCUUCCGCGAGCAGAGUCACGCAUCUCCACAGACGGAGUAAAGGCAUGUUAGUUACACAGAAAAAUGUUCAUAAUAUUACAACAUAUUACGCUGCUCCAUGGCAAUCAAUAGCAGCGGAUGACCCCUCAGACAUACAUGUUACCAUUUGUGGGCUCUCUUCUGAUGGAGUUCUGGUGUGUACGACUGUCAGUGAAGUUUGGGUCACUCAUACGGAGUAUUUGCCGGUUUAUAAUACCGAGGUCAUUUCAGUGUCGACUGUAGUAUCUUCAGUAUGUAAGCAUGCGUAUAUGAUCACAGAUAUGACUAACAUCCUUAGACCGGUGUGCUGGCAUUUGCUUCAGACAUAUAUAUAACAAUCACGCCCGGAACUCUUAUCCUCUCAACGCAGAUAGUAUCCACAAGUUUAUCAGUGAAGAACGUCACCUCAACGUCUACUAUCGGAAGCAUGAGCUCGGGGUUAGCAGACCUGGGAUCUAGUGUUGAAGAUUCCACAACAACAAUUUAUAUUACAGGUCCUGCAACUACCACAACAAUAAACCUGGGCUUAGUCUCAUCUCUCACUUCCAUCGCACAACUGUGAGUGUAGACACUAAAUGCAUUUUCAUAGAUGUUACUGACAAACCAUUGUGACUAGAAAAACACGCACAACAACCAUUACUAGUACAAAAAAGAUAACAAGAACCACCACUUUUACACCUGUACGUCGAACCAUAUGACAAACUUUUCAUACCCUCUAUUAAUCAGCAUUCAUAGCGUCGCACUAUAUUCCGAACUACUUAACUAUUCAGCAAGUUCUAAAUUUGGGCUAGGUUUGGUAUCUUAGAGAUUCAUUAGCAAUUGCUUCAUUGUCUGUGUAGC